AUGCUUGGUGCAGGAGGCGUCGCCGCCUUGGGGCUUUUAUGCUUGAGUGCGAUCUCUAGGGCCGAGUCCGUUGAGCGAGUCUCGCCCUUGCCUCCAUCUGUCGAUGCGUUUUAUCGCCCGCCCCCUUUUUUUGAGAGGAGUUCGCCAGGCACCAUUCUCCGGGUUCGAAAAGUGCCUCGGGCAGAUCGGAUAAGCGCUGGUGUGAUUGCUGACACGUAUCAAUUCCUUCUCCGGUCUAGCGAUAGCCAGGGAAUGCCGACGGCUAUCGUGACGACGGUGUUGGUUCCGCCAGAUGCUCAUACGGAUAAGCUAUUGGAAUUGCAGCUUGCAUAUGACUCGGCGUUUGUGGACUGUAGCCCUUCCUAUACGAUUUUCCAGAAUGAGUCAGAUAUCCCAGAAGCGGCGGUGGUCGGGAGAGCCCUGCAGCAGGGUUGGAAUGUCGCCGUGACGGAUUACGAAGGGUUCCCGGCGUCAUUCACAAAUGGAUUGAGGGCUGGGUAUUCAAUGUUGGACGCGACAAGAGCUUGUCUGUCCUCCACGCACCUGACAGGUAUCAAAAAAGACGCCAAGGUUGUGCUGGCGGGUGCCUCUGGGGGUGCGUUUGCUAGCGAAUGGGCGCUGGAACUACAGAAAUUCUAUGCACCAGAGCUGAAUUUUGCAGGGGCGCUACUCACAGCUCUGACGCCAAAUGUCAGCUCCGUUUUCAACAGUAUCGAUGGCACGAAUGGGGCCGGACUGAUUGGAUCAUCAAUCCUUGGUCUGUCAAAGGAGUAUGCCAACAUGUCAAACUGGGUGUCAGAAAAUCUAGUGGCAAGCAACGCAAACAAGCUUUUCCAGGCUGCCAAAUCGUGCUUGCUGGAGACGCUUACCGAUUUGGAUAAUACCGACUUCACGUCCUUUUUUGACGUGCCGUCUUGGGUUGAGGCUACGGUGCCCAAGAGUGUGAUUGAAAAUACUGGUAUUAUGGGCUUGCACGGCGUUCCUAAUGCCCCUAUUUACAGCUACAAGGGCACGGGUGAUCAGCUCAGUGUUGUAUCUGACACAGAUGCCCUCAUGGCAAAGUUUUGUGACGAGGGGGUGGAUGUUGAAUAUUACAGGGCUCUGAAUGUCUCUCAUAUCACUUCAGCUACUCAUGGAUAUGUGGCGGGCUGGUCGUGGCUAAGUGACAGAUUGAAUGGCGUGCCAGUACGAGGUGGAUGCUGGGUACAUAAUGUGACAAUAUCAAAGUAA